GGUGGACACAUAGUAGGAUACAUUUCAGUCAUUUUGUUGUCUCUCUCUCUCUCUCGCGUGGAUCAAUCGUAUUUGUUGCUGAUGCUUCGGCUGUAGUGGUAAGAGUAGUUGUUGCGCAAACGUACUAUAACCAAAGUAGACUUGGAAAUCACACAACACAAAGAUUACCACACAAUAGAGUAUUUUCAGAUGAAGAUGCGAGUGACGAGAAAUUUCUGCAUUUUGGCAGCUUUACUCCCUGCCUCGAUAUUACUUCAACAAUACAUGGUAUCAAAACACAGGCGUGCAAUCGUCCCAUCAGAGGAUGAUAACUACGUAGAAUCAAACAGCCAGUCAGCAGAAAUUAACGGAGGCGAUGACGUACAGCCGCCUGUGAGCAUGGAUACACGGAUCGAUGCAAAUAAUCCACCCGAAGAACACGUUGAUGUCAAACAAUACUUUACAACUGCAUCGCCUGGUCAAAAAAAAGUUGAUGAGAAUGAACCCAAAGAAUACGACAACCCUAACAAGUAUCUGAUUGACGAGAAACCUGAGGUUAAACCAACUCUCAUCGAACAUGGAGAACAUGACACUUCGGCUGAGCAUCAACUCGAACCCCAAGACUUGGAAGACGAUGACGACUACAAAGCGCAUUCCCUCACAGUUCAAAAGAUGCACGAGACGGAACCACGCCCUCAACCCGUCCAGAACGUGCCGCAGGCGGUUUCACACGAGCACCCAGCUGCGGCCAACCCACCAGUUAUUCAUCGGGAUCACUUAGCAGAUAUGACCGACCAAGACAACAAAUGGAUAACCGUCGUGCCACCAGCUGUAAAUAUCCCAGUAACGGACCUAGAAGAAGACCUUAAUGCUCUCUUUCCCAAAGACCAAGUCAUUGAAUUCGAAGAAGAUGAUUCGUGGAUGUGGGAGUCAUCUGGUCGAGACGAUCCUUGUAGAGUCUGCUUGGCACCUGUACAUUCUCGACCGUUGGUGGCGCUUGCCAGUGCACCGGGGUCUGGUAACACGUGGGCACGAAGCUUGUUGGAAAAAGCUACCGGCAUUUACACGGGAUCCGUUUACCGUGACAGAAGACUGUUUUACGGAGGUUUCCAUGGUGAGAUGGUGGACUACAGCUACAAAAAUACGCUUAUCGUGAAAACGCACGCACGUGGUGAGCUGGCAUCCAAGGAAUUCGAGAAAGCAAUCGUUUUGAUACGUAAUCCCUUUGAUAUGAUAGUAGGAGAAUUACACAGAGUCUACAGUGCCAAUCAUUCCGUCAUCAAUUCUGCUGAUGAUAUAUUUCAUCAUCCUGAUUGGAAAAAGCACGUCUAUCACCGACUUGAAUGGUGGCAGGGUGUCCCUGAAGUGUGGCUUGCGUCCGGGAAACCCGUAAUGUUUGUGCACUAUGAAGAUCUCCUUGACGAUCCAGUGAAAGAAGUGAAACGUAUGGUUGAAUACCUAGGCCUUCAAUUCGACGACUCGAGAGCGGACUGCAUUAAGCAGGGAAUAAACACGCGACUGCCGGUCACAGAUAGCGAUUAUAAACAAGACGUAAAAGUAAAUAUAUUCCGUGGACUUGACAGUGAAAUGAAAAGCAAAAUUCACGAAAAAUUGGACAUUGUAUCAAAAAAAUUAAGAGAAAAAGGUCAUCCUGAAGUUGUGAGAAAGAGUAUGUUUGAAUAAUUAAAGUUUGGGACUGACUAGC